AUGCUUGGAGUUAACAACCAUGUUGUGAUGAUGAAGAGAAAAGGGCAGAGCAAAAGGGGUCACAAGAAGGAUGUUAAAGUGACAUACAUCUCAAGCCCCAUGAUGGUGAAAACCAGUGCCUCCAACUUCAGAGCCCUCGUGCAAGAACUCACUGGCCAAGCCUCUAAUGUUGCUGACAUGUUUGUGGAAGCUGAUUACUACUGUUGUGAUGGUGUUCAUGAUGAUGGUGUUCAAAAGGGCACAAAUAUUCAACCACUGAGUUAUACCAGUGAUGCCUAUUUUUCUGAGUCUGCUUGGUUGAAAUCUCAUGAUGAUCACUAUAGCCACUUGCAUUCUAGGUCUUCCAUGGAACUACUAAAUGAACUCUUGAGCUUUGAAUCUUGA